UUUUUUAAACAUGUUAAAUGGCAAUUGUUUAUAGUGGUUGUUAAUGUUGAUGGUCUGCCAAUAAAUGUCCAGCUAUGUGACACAGCAGGUCAAGAUGACUUUGAUCCACUAAGAUCAUUGUGUUAUCCAGAAACAGAUGUCUUCCUAGUCUGCUUCAGUGUUGUGUGUCCUUCAUCCUAUCAUAGUGUAACUGUUCGCUGGGUAAAUGAAGUUAGAAAACAUUGCCCAAAUGCACCAAUUAUUUUGGUAGGCACAAAGAGUGACUUAAGAUCGGAUGUGCAUCUUAUGCUGCAAUUAGCAAGGUAUGGUCAAGCACCAGUGACGACCACACAAGGUCAUCAAUUGGCUCAAAGAGUUGGUGCUGUAAGUUACGUAGAGACAUCUGCAUUGACUCAGCAUGAUCUGAAAGAAGCAUUUGAUCAGGCAAUAGUCAGUGCCCUUAAUACAAGGAGAGGCAGUGCUAAUUUGUUGUAUAGACGCAGAAAACCACAGCCAUUAUGGCGCAGAUGGUUAUGCUGUUGGGAGAGACCAUCGAGUGGUACAUAAACACUAAUUAAAUAAACUCUCUAGAAUAUUUUCUGUGAUCAAGUGCGACUACUUCGUUAUCAGAAUUUUUUAAUUCCUAUUGAUAUGGCAUAACUACAGAACUUUCUGUGCUAUUGAUAAGCAAAAACUAGUGUUCA